AUGUUCUCCCAGUUCCUCGCCUACCUGAAAGGCCAUGAGAGCGUGCCGGGCGAGGCGAAGCUCCUUCGCAAACUCGACUUUUUCAUCUUGACGUUCUGCUGCCUGUGCUUCUUCGCCAACUUCCUGGACCGAUCCAAUCUCAUGAACGCCUAUGUCUCGGGAAUGAAGGAAGAGUUGGACUUCCGCGGGAAUGAGAUCAAUGUGAUCGGCACGGUCUUUGCAGUGGGAUUCAUUGUUGGCCAAGUGCCAUCGAAUCUGGCUCUGACCUAUAUUCCUCCUCGGAUCUUCCUGCCAGCCAUGAUGGUUCUCUGGGGAGGAUUGACCAUGGUCACUGCGGCGGUCACCAAGCCCCGAGAUAUCAUGGCGAUUCGCUUCUUUCUCGGUGUGGCGGAAUCGAGCAGCUUCGUUGGCACUCAUUACAUCCUGGGGUCAUGGUAUACGGAGAAGGAGCUGGGAAAACGCAGUGGAAUGUUUACUGCCUCAGGGCUUGCUGGUACGAUGUUUGGCGGCUUUUUGCAGACGGCCAUUCAUUCGUCGAUGGAUGGAAUACAUGGCCUUUCGGGCUGGCGGUGGCUCUUCAUCAUUGAUGGUGUCAUGACAAUCCCUAUCGCCAUAUAUGGUUACCUCUUCUUCCCCGACGUCCCAACUACUACUAAAGCGCCAUACCUCACGCCUUCCGAGCGAGCACUGGCGAUUGCGCGGAUGCCCGAAAGCAGCGCUGUCAACGCUUCCCUGAACCUAUCCUUCUUCAAGUCUAUCUUCCGGAGCUGGCACUGGUACGCCUUCGUGGGGCUGUGGAUCAUCGCCGGCGCAACGGAGGCAUUCUCCACCAACGCCCUGCUGUCCAUGUACAUGAAGGCGCACCCGACGCAUCGGUACACCAUCCCACAACUAAACAACUACCCGACCGGCGUUCCGGCCGUGGGCAUCAUCUCGACCCUCUUUUGGGCCGUCUUGACGGAUUACCUGGGUGGCAAGCGGUACCUCGUCGGCUUCUGGAUCGGUAUCACGGGGAUCAUCACCUCGUCUAUGAUUCUGACCCGGUUCGAGUCCACAGCGACCGUCUUCGCAGCAUACUACUGGGCUGGCUCCGUGUAUGCCUGCCAGGCGACGUUCUUCGCAUGGUGCAACGACGUGAUGAGGCGCCAGAACGCGCGGCUGAGGAGCGUGGUCAUCGCCAGUAUGAACACGGGCAGUACGGCGUUUAACACCUGGUGGAGUCUGUACUUCUACUCGGUCACCGAUGCGCCCAAGUACACUCGGGGCAUGUGGGCGAUGAUUGGGGUGUCAGUUGGGUUGUUAUUCUGGACGACGGGAAUUCUCUGGAUUACGGUUAAAGAGGAGGAGAGAGAAGAGGAAGAGGAAGGGAUGACAGUGGAUGCAGAUGCAAAGAUCAUGCAGGAGAGGAUAGUGGAGGCGUGA